GAUUCUGUCAUUUUCCUUUGAAAAGUUUGACGGAAACGCAAAGUAUGGCCACUUCUAAGAAGAAGACUAGGAAGCUUCGUGGUCACGUAAGCCAUGGCCAUGGUCGUAUUGGUAAACACCGCAAACAUCCCGGUGGUCGCGGUAAUGCUGGUGGAGAACACCAUCACAGGAUUAAUAUGGACAAGUACCAUCCAGGAUACUUCGGUAAACUUGGUAUGAGGAAUUAUCACAUGAGGAAAAACAAGGACUUCUGCCCAGUUCUUAACUUGGAUAAGCUGUGGACAUUAGUGUCUGAACAGUCCAGGCUUAAGUAUGCUAAUGCCACUGAUGGAAAAGUCCCUGUAAUCAAUAUUGUGAAGGCUGGUUAUUACAAGCUACUAGGGAAAGGAAAUCUCCCUAAGCAACCAGUUAUUGUUAAAGCAAAGUUCUUCUCCAAAUGUGCCGAGAGGAAAAUUAAAUCUGUGGGCGGUGUAUGUGUUCUGUCUGCGUAAAUUUAAGCUAAAUAUAUAAAACAAAAACAAUGUAUCUUUUAUUUUAGCAUACAAAAUUGGCAAUAGUAUCUUAGUGCCAUUAUAAUAAAGCAGUAGUGUAUCACAAAAUGGCUUGGUGAUUAUCACUUCCAUCUGUCAAAAGCAGUUGCCUAUUGA